AUGCCGCGCCGGCUGGCCUGGCUGUGCUGCUGCUGGGCGCUGCUGAGCGGCGCCUGCCGCCCCGCCGAGCCCGCGCUGCCCGCCGAGGGCGGGGAGCCUCCCGCCGGCUCGGGCUUCCUCUACCGGCGGCUGAAGUCGCACGAGAAGCGGGAGAUGCAGCGGGAGAUCCUCUCGGUGCUGGGGCUGCCCCACCGGCCCCGGCCGCUGCCGCGGGAGCCGCCGGCCCCGCCGCCCGGACGGCUGAGAGCGGCACCGCGCUUCAUGCUGGACCUCUACCACUCCCUGGCCGAGGGCGCGGAGGGCAGCGCGGGCGCGGAGAGCGGGGGCCGCCCGCCGACCCCUGCCCCGCCGCUGCCCAGCCCGCAGGACAGCGCCUUCCUCAACGACGCCGACAUGGUCAUGAGCUUCGUCAACUUGGUUGAGUAUGACAAGGAGUUCACGCCUCACCAGCGGCACCACAAGGAAUUCAAAUUUAAUUUGUCUCAGAUUCCUGAGGGCGAGGCCGUCACAGCUGCUGAGUUUCGGAUCUACAAGGACUGCGUUUUGGGAAGCUUUAAAAACCAAACCUUCCUUAUCAGCAUCUACCAGGUGCUGCAGGAACAUCAGAACAGGGCCUCUGACCUGUUUCUGCUGGACACACGGGCCGUGUGGGCAUCGGAGGAGGGCUGGCUGGAGUUUGACGUCACUGCCACCAGCAACAUGUGGGUGAUGAACCCCCAGCACAACAUGGGGCUGCAGCUGAGCGUGGUGACCCGCGAUGGUUUCAGUGUAAGCCCUAGGGAAGCAGGGCUGGUAGGGCGAGACGGCCCUUACGACAAGCAGCCUUUCAUGGUGGCCUUCUUCAAAGUGAGCGAGGUUCACCUGCGCACCACGAGGUCAGCCACCAGCCGGCGCAGGCAGCAGAGCCGCAACCGCUCCACCCAGACUCAGGACGUUUCCAGGGUGUCCAGUGUCACAGAUUACAACAGCAGUGACUUGAAAACAGCGUGCAGAAAGCAUGAGCUUUACGUUAGCUUCCAAGACUUGGGAUGGCAGGACUGGAUAAUCGCUCCAAAAGGCUACGCAGCCAACUACUGUGAUGGGGAGUGCUCAUUCCCACUCAACGCCCAUAUGAACGCAACCAAUCAUGCCAUUGUACAAACUCUGGUUCAUCUAAUGAAUCCUGAUUACGUUCCCAAACCAUGCUGUGCACCUACCAAACUAAAUGCCAUAUCUGUUCUUUACUUCGAUGAUAAUUCUAAUGUCAUCUUGAAGAAAUACAGGAAUAUGGUAGUAAGAGCUUGUGGAUGUCACUGACAAAGUCUUCACACGGACUCUGUGAUGCUGCCAUGAACUUGGAUACACCUCUCCCUGUUUUCAUGACCUUGGGGGAAAAAAACCCACGUGAUGAACCAUCCUUCAGAACACCAUGUAUGUGCCUUGUGGGAGGAAGGGGUGUGGGGACGACCCCCAGGGUGGGAGUAAACUGCUGGACUUCUUACAGACUGACCCUAACCACGGUGGCUGACCAGCUCAGCAGCAGCAGCAGCAGCAAAAUGCCCACACACUUUAUUUGGCUGGGAUGGGAUGGUCUUAAUCUCACAGAGAAGCUUGACCUGUAGCAGGUGCUUGGAUAUGUGCUGCAGUUUUACCAGAUGAGCACUCAACACCAAAAACAAGUGAGGUCUUUCUUUGGGGGCAGGGAGGGAAGAUGAGGGUGAGAGGCAGAGAAGCUAAAGAAAGUGGUGUCAGUACUUCAGACGUAGAGUGUACAUCUCAUGCAAGAUCCUUUUGGCCAGAAGGACCAGUUACUGCACCUAGACUGUUAGUCUUCUCCUGACAUCUGUCGUGACAGUAAGCAUCUAAAAUUGUGCCAAAGCAGAUGUUUUAGUUCUCUUAUGCUCCCAGCACCGUUUAACUCUGAUCUUGCAAGUGUAAGAUGGCACGGCUGCACCCUGUGUUAGAAACACUACCAUGAACUCAGACCCUGGCUGGUCUUCCCAGUUCACCAUCUGACUGAGCAAUACAAAUUUAUACACUUGCUCUUAUGCAGCUUCCUUCCACUCCCCAUGUGGAGCUGCCUCAUCUACCACCACUUGCCCAGGAAGGAAGUCAGGACACUUCUUCAGCUGUAAUUCAGACGUAAAAGCUUAGGGGCCAUUCAUCCUCUAGCUGGACAGUUGUUUACAGGAAGACAGAAUGUCAACAAAAUUUGCAAUCUUUCCCUUUCAACUCAUGCAACUAACAAACUGGUAUAAAGGAAAUGCAGCGUAGAGCCAUGGUGUGUCUAGCAGAAGCUAAUAGCAAAUUGUUUUGAUCAAUAUUAAACUUGUAUUAAAUGCACUUACCUCUACUUGCAUUUAAAAGGCUUCUUGUAAAUACAAGCUAUAAUUUAUUGCACUUGUCACUGUAUAUUCAUUGUGCUGUAUCAUUUAUAGAAAGACUGCUUUUUUAAAAAGUUUUUAUUUAGAAAAAUCUCAGUGUAAACAAUUGUACCACUUUGAUUUUAUACAAGAAACUCAUGAGAUUGUGCUUCACUAGAAAGUUGUUAAAAACAUAAUAAAGGCUUCCUGAAAGGCAGAAGUACACACGUUGAUCCAAUACAUCUGCCAGUACAACAC